AAAAAAAAAUUUCCAGAAUUUUGUUGACAAAAAGCCUAAUUAAAACGUGCUGAAUGGUGGUUUUAGUUCAAGUUGUCAUCUGAAAUAAAGAUCAAAUGUUUACUGACUACGAUUGAUAAUAUUUUCAACUUCUAGAGAUAAAGAUGUUUCCUAACAAUGGGCCAACAUUCAAUGGACCUCCUAUGCGAAAUGCUGGACCCCAGCAAGGUAACGGACCUGGCAAUGGCAUGCAGUGUGGGCCACCCCAGAGACCAACUGGACCUCCUGGACAGUGUGGCCCAGGGCCCCCAGGACCUGGAGGAGGACUGAACCGAGCUGGGCCAUGUGGUGGUCCAUCUGGACCAUUUCCUGGUGGCCAGCAAGGAGGGCCACAGUUUGGAGGUCAACAGCAAAUGUAUGGAGGGCCACCACAAGGACAGUGUGCACCACAGCAGUUCGGGAACCCAAGAAAUCAAGGGCCCAAUCAAGGCCCUGGGUUUGGAGGACCGCAGCAGGGAUUUGGUGGUCCUCAGCAAUCAGGAAUGAUGGGAGGUCCACAGCAGUGUGGUCCUCAACAGUCUGGGCCAUGUGGACCCCAGUCAGGACCUUACGGGGCCUGUGGAUCUGGAACCCAAGGUGGAUACGGACAGGGGCAGUGUCAUAAUGGACACGGCCCUAACUGCAUGAAUGGUGGAUGUAACUUUCAAGGCCCAAAUUUUCAACAGGGCAGCCAAGGACAACAAGUGUGUAAUCAUGGGCCAAACUGUGGUCACAGUGGUUGGAAUGGGCCUCCUCAUCAGAGCAAUUUUGCUUCAGGUGGAUGGGGACAGAAUGGACCAAGACCUCAAGGCCCAUGUGGAGGGCCUGGCUUUCAACAAGGCAACAUGGGUGGUCCCCAAGGCAACAUGAAUGGGCCACAGGGCAAUAUGGGUGGUCCCCAAUGCAGCAUGAGUGGACAAAUGUGUGGUCCCAACAUGAAUGGACCCCAAGGUAACUUCAAUGGUCCGCAGGGCAACAUGAAUGCACCUCAGGGAAACAUGAGUGGACCCCCACAGCCUGGCAACAUUGGUGGGCCACCACAGGGCAACAUGAAUGGCCCCCAAAAUAACUUCAGUGGACCACAGGGCAACAUGAACGGUCCUCAAGGCAACGUGAACAGUCCCCAAGGCAACCUGGGUGGACCACCACAGGGCAACAGGAAUGGCCCCCAAAGUAACUUCAGUGGACCCCAAGGAAACAUGAACGGUCCUCAACAAGGCAACAUGAGUGGACAGCCUCCAAGGCCACAGUGCUGUCCAGGCCAACAGGAACAGUUCCACCAAUGUCAAAACAAUGGACCACAGCAGACAUUCAAUGGCCCAAACAACCAGCCCCCGAGGAUGAGUGGACAAGCUUGGGGAAGCAACCAGGGACAACCUGGUAACCAGGGGAAUGGACAAAACUGGGGAAACAACAGCAGCUACCAAGGGCCUGGAAAUGGUCCAAACUGGAGCAACAAUCAAGGCAUGCCCGGCCCCAAUCGUAUGGGCCCGUCAAGUGUAGGACCACCAAACUUCCAGGGCCCUCCUUGUGAUGGGCCGCCAGGGCCCCGUGGUCCGCCACCUGGAUGUGAUGGGCCACCUGGACCAGGACCUCAAACGAGAUAUGACCAACCGCCAGGACCCCGUGGAGCACCGCCUGGGUGUGAUGGCCCGCCUCAAAACAAUCAGCCAAACGCUGUGCCCAAUGUGCCGAAUGGCCCUCAGCAGUAUGAUGGGCCUUUAGGGCCCCGUGGUCCGCCUCCUGGCUCGGAUGGUCCUCCCAGCAAUCGGAAUAGUGGAGUUCAAGAACACCGUGUACCUCCACCUGGCUACGAUGGUCCUCCAGGGCCUCGUGGACCACCCCCAGGAAGCGAUGGGCCACCACCAACUUUUGAAGAUCCGCAGAGGAACUGGGGAGCUGGUGCAAAUGGUGGGGGUCCCAUUCCCUGGCCGCAGCAGAAUAAUACGGGAGCUGGUCAAGGCAACCCACCGCUUGAGUGGGGUGGGCAGUUCCCUCCUCAAGGACAAGAUGAACGCCCUCCUCCACCUGGGUGUGACCAAGAGAGGGAGCCUCCGCCAAACCAAGGAUGGAGAGAUGACAUUCCCCGCCCUGGUGCCCCUGGUCGAGAUGAUGUUUUCGAUCGGCCAGUGGAUCAGGCCAUGAACGUAGACAGUGCCCCACGUGACAGGAGCCGCUCCUUGGAUGGCUUCGAUAACUUCUAUCGGCAGGAUGACUUCGAUAUUGACAUCACCAGAGUGAGGACUUCCCCUGAUAGAGGGAGACAAACAUCACCAAACUGUGAUAGUCGGGGGCGGCGCCGUACCUCUCCAAACUUUGAGGAUAGGGGAAGGCGUCGUACUUCUCCCAACUGGGGCAACAUGGAUUUGGGCCGUACGUCCCCAAAUUGGGAGAUGGGACAAACUUCACCGAAUCGGACCAUGCGGGAACAAGGUCGUACCUCGCCAAAUAGGGAUAGAGGGCGUCGUCGGACUGCAUCAAACUUUGUUGAUAGGGAGAGACGACAAACUUCACCAAACUUUGUUCAGAGUGAGCGCGGCCGUACAUCACCAAGAGGACCACGCCGCACUUCACCUCAGUUUGACAACAGACACGCUCGGCGUACCUCUCCUAACUGGGACCGUGACUUGGCACCCCCUGAAAGGUUGAAUCGUUCAUCUCCACAACGUGAAUGGAGGAACAAUCGCUCUAACAAUGAUUGGAGUUUACCUCCUCCUCGCCGGGAUUCCCCGACCAGGAUCAAUAGGCGUCCUCCUAUUCAACGUUUACGAAGGCCAUCUCCAGACAACAUAGUCAGGCAAGUCUCUCCUACACCGUCUUCAUCUGACUUGCGGGAAUCGGCAGCUUUUUUAGAGCGUAGGAGAUCUAAGUCGCCUAAUUUGGCAAGACGUUUAUCUCCUGCUCGUAGCCAGGGGUCUAAGAUGGAUGAUGGGAGCUACUGGACUGAUCAGAGUAGAGAACAAGGAGACAAGUCACGAUCAAGAAGUCGACAGAAAGAUGGAAGUGUGACUUCUGAUAUGCCGCGAGUUUCAAACCAUAACGAUAUAACUAGACCAGAGGGUCGUUCACUUUCUCCUGCACUUGAUGUCACUACCAGUGGAUCGCCCAGGAAGUUAGGCAGGUCGAUGCCAGGGGGCAGGAUCGUGCACCAGAGAAGUCCUGAAACUAGUAGCCGUGGUCGUUAUUUCCAGGUGCGAGAUGAAGUAGUAAGGAGUCAUAGUGUUGAGAGGUUGAAAGGAAGCAGAGGUCGACCUGCGGUACGGAGACGAGGAAGUGAUAGCACAGACAGGAGGAGGAGUAGCCAUAGUCGUGAUCGGAUGAAGAAUAACGGAUCGGGGGAUGCAAGGCCUAGCAUUGAGCGGAAGAGGAAACGUCCUAAUGAACAAGAACUAGAAGCAUUAUGUUCAAGGUCAAGGACGUCCGACAGGUCAAGGUCAUCUGAGAGAGCAAGGUCAUCUGAUCCAGGCUCAACGAGGUCAAGGUCGAUCGAUGUCAGGAGUAAAAGAAGUAAACCUGAUAAUAAGACAACAGGUAAUGAUACUGUCGUUCCAUCACCAACAAAAGCAACCAAGAAGACCGGCCGUCCUAAGGCAGCGACUGUUUCGAAGCCACCCCGGCCCGACUGGGAAUCAACUCUGAAACGACCUGUAACGAGGAGAGCUCAGGAUGGCAAGCAGUUUGAGAUACCCACAGUACCAGACACCAGUCAACCAGGGACUAGUUCCACGCCUUCUGAACAACAGGUGUCUGCUACCAAGACAUCUCAAUCUGAAUCUGAUGUAACCAUGGCUACCAACCAAGCUAAUCAGAGUGAAAAAAGUACUGGCAAAGCUGCCAGAAAAUCUAGAGACAUCAAGAAGUCACGUUUAUCAAAGGCGACUGAUGCACAGAAAUUGACAGAUGAAACAGAAGGUGUAUCGUCGGAUGGUUCUUUCUCAUACGACCCAUCACCAGAGCGAUUCCCGAUAGAGGAGGAGGAAGAGGAAGAGUGUGUGGCUGACCACAGCUGGAUGAGGAGCUCACCUGCUGAUCUCUACUUCAGGAAUGAUGAAAAGCUGGGUUGCGUGAAAAGUACUAAGAAGAUGGUUGAAUUGGAGAAGAAGUUCUACCAGGAUUUGGUUAAGAGGAAUGAGGUUGCGCUCUCCAAGAAACCCAAAUACACCCCCCCAGAGAGACGCGCUAAUGUCCAUCUACACUGCCAUCAUCAGCAGGACUCUGGUUCCGAGAGCUGCUCGUCAUCUGAGUCAGAAGAUGAUGAUCUGGAGCCAAACUGGAUGGAUGAACUAAACAGGAAGAAGGAGCAUCCGUACCGUCUCCAUGACGACCUGUGGUACAACGAGCAUGGUGAGAUGAACGAUGGUCCAUUGUGCCGCUGCAGCAUCAAGGCUCGACGCUCCGGAAUCAGGCAUUCCAUCUACCCAGGGGAAGGGAGAAUCACUGACUGCCAACAGAAUGCCAGCAACACCAACAAGCUAUUCCACUACCGUAUCACGAUGUCACCUCACACCAAUUUCUUGACGAAGAACCCGACUGUGAUCGAACAUGACGACCAUGAGUACAUCUUCGAUGGAUUCUCGCUCUUUUCCCAUUACAAACUUGGCAAUAUUCCACUGUGUAAGGUGAUUCGUUUUAACAUUGAGUAUACGAUCCACUUCUUCGAGGAACCCAUGCCAGUGAACUUUUCAACCCGGAGCCUGGAUCUGUUUGUUGACUACCUGUUCAGUGAAAUAUUGGAAUUGUUGGAUCUGGAUUGGUACGGCCGUGACAAUGGUGAAAGUGGAUGUAAGAGAUUCCAUCUCAUGCCGAGAUUUGUCAGAUCUUUGCCAGAAAACGGGCGUGAGAUUCUCUCCAUGAAUGAAAUAGUCAACUUCCUGGUCAAGAGCUCCAAGUUACUCGUUGACCCCGCUGACCUUGAGAAGAUACAGAAGUAUGAGGCGCACGAAUGGCAGGAUAUCGUUGACAGUCUGCGUGGGAUGAUCGUCAUUCAUCCGGGCAUGAAACCAAGCUCAAUUCGAGUUGACCAGUUUGACCGACAUGCUGGUGAAUAUCCAGUUAUCGUUCACUUCGGAAUCAAACCUGCUCAGCUGAGCUAUGCCGGUGACCCAAACUACCAGAAACUGUGGAAGCAGUACGCGAAAUAUAAACAUCUUCUUGCCAACAAACCCAAGGUCACGCCGGAGGACAAGAUGAAGCUGAAUGAUAAGGAAGAUCAGUUGCAGGAGAUCAGAAUGAAGAGCACGAUGAAGCGAGAAGUGACUGUUGAGAUCAGUGGUGAAGGUUUCAUCAAGACUGGCAUCCGCUCAGACAUGUGUCAGCAUGCCCUACUCCUCCCUGUCCUCAUAUCACACCUGCGCUUCCACCGAGCGCUCGAUGUCCUAGAGAGACAGAUUGAUUAUAGGUUCAAGGAUAGGAAUCUACUACAGAGGGCGCUAACCCAUCCUUCCUAUCGUGUCAACUACGGCACCAAUCCUGACCAUGCGAGGAACUCCUUGUCUAACUGUGGUAUACGACAGCCUGAGUUUGGAGACAGGAAAAUUCAUCAUGUUCAUUCAAGAAAAAGAGGUAUUAAUACUCUGAUCAACAUCAUGUCUCGUAUGGGGAACAAACAUGAGACGGACUCAGAGAUCCAUCACUACGAGAGGUUGGAGUUCCUGGGCGAUGCUGUCGUCGAGUUUGUCUCCAGUAUUCAUCUGUUCUUCAUGUUCCCUGACUUGGAUGAAGGUGGUCUGGCCACAUUCAGGGCAGCCUUGGUCCAGAACCAACAUCUGGCCGUCUUGGCCAAGACUCUCCAUCUCCAAGAGUACAUGCUUUAUGCCCAUGGGCCUGACCUCUGCCACGAUUCAGACCUCAGACAUGCCAUGGCCAACUGCCUCGAGGCGCUCAUGGGUGCCCUCUUCUUGGACGGAGGCAUCGAGCUUGCUGAUCGCAUCUUUGCUUCCACAUUAUUUGACGAUAAAGAUCUGCACGGAGUGUGGGAGAAGCUACCCCAGCACCCCCUACAGGAGGAAGAGCCAUCUGGUGACCGCCACUGGAUCAAGUCGAGCGCCGUUCUACAAAACUUGCUCCGCUUUGAAGACAUGACGGGCAUUGAGUUCAAUAAUAUACGUCUGCUUGCACGGGCUUUUACUCCUAGGAAUCUCGGCUUUAAUAAUCUCACAUUGGGUCACAACCAGCGCUUAGAGUUCCUAGGUGACACUGUCCUCCAGCUGAUCGCCUCAGAGUAUCUCUUCAAGCAUUUCCCUGAGCAUCAUGAGGGACACUUGUCUCUUUUGAGAAGUUCCCUAGUCAACAACCGCACCCAGUCAGUGGUGUGUGACGACCUCGGCAUGACAGAAUUUGUCUCCUGCCAGGACGACACGAAGCAGAAAGAGAUGAAGAUGAAAGAGAAAGCUGACCUAUUGGAGGCGUUCAUCGGCGCGUUAUACGUUGAUAAGGGACUUGAUCAUUGUAAAGUGUUUGCUCAAGUGUGCUUCUUCCCAAGGUUGAAGGUUUUCAUCAUGAAUCAAGAGUGGAAUGACCCUAAGUCGCAGCUCCAGCAGUGCUGCCUGACCCUUCGAGAACUGGAUGGGGGAGAACCAGAUAUUCCAAUAUACAAGGUGCUAGAGACCACUGGGCCGACCAACACCCGCCGUUUCACCGUGGCUGUUUACUUCCGUGGUACGAGGCUUGCGACGGGAUCCAGUCACAGUAUACAGCAAGCUGAGAUGAACGCCGCCACGAACGCCCUCAGUAAUAAAUCACACCUAUUCCCGCAGCUAAGUCACCAAAAGAUGUUUAUUGAGAAGAAGUAUCACCAGGCUGCUAGGAGAGCUGCUUGCGCCGUGAGCAAAUCACAAUCAAAGCUUUCAAAGGCUGCCAUUGAAGCCGACUCGAAAGCUUCACAGUCAAAGCCUCCAUGACGAACAGGCCAAAUUCUUACUAGGAGAGUCCAGAUUAGGAAAAUACAUGUUGUGAAUGAGUGUGGAUUGCCAUUGAUGUGACUGGACCUCUGAGGUUCCUCUUUUUGAUCUCUGAGGGCCUUUGACUGUUGUUUAGGUCUUAUACUUGGUCAGAGACUGUGGAAAUGUGUGAGGACUUCUUCUGUGCAAAGACACUGUUGAUUUUGGCUGUUCCAAUUCAAUGAACUGGAGAAGUAGUUCAUGGAAUGACAAAAUUUAUCAAACAAUUACGACUAUGGCUAAAUGUAUAUGUUGUGCGCAAGACUAAUCGUGAUGAUAAGUUGGAUCCUCUCAUUUCUCAUUGGAACCACUCCAUAGCAAUGAAUUGCUUAAGUUAUAUGUAUGAUAUUGUGUUUGGUGCUUUUAAUAGUGUAAUAUAUGGAUCUUGUGAAGUUCUGCCUGUUGAAUUUCGUUAUUGAUGUAAAUCAUGUCUAAAUUAUCAGUUAAAAGGGUCCAUGUCUAGAAUUGUUCUUGUCUGGAAGUGCAAGUUGAUCAGUGUUUAGAAUCACAAUUUGCCCUGGGCCGACGGGACAUUCCUAGCAUUUUGUCAAACUGAUCCUCUGAUGUGGAAGACAAGUUUGCAAAGGCAUACCUGUUGCUAUAAGUUGGUCAAUUUGGUAAGGACAAUGACAUGCUGAGCUAGGUUUUAUGUAUGUACUGUACUUCAAUUGUAUAAUAAGCUGCUUACUUUGAAGUUGAACGAUUGUCGACAUGUUCACAUCUGUUUAUGUUCGUAUCCAUUCACUCUUUAGAUUAGUUCUUGAAUAAAUUCAUUCAGUUGGUUUUAAAAGUCUCAUAGGAAGGUGAUUUUCUUCGUGUACAAAACUAAGUACAUGUAGACGUAUGUACACAUGUAGAUGACAUUUGAUGACUGUACUCCGAUACAUUCUCAUUACUCUUUAGAUGGGCUGUCUAUCAAAGCUAAGAAUACUGAAACAUUCACUGUGCUGUAAAACCCUGUAGGACUUGUGGUGACAAGGCACUCAUAGAAUGGUUUUAAUGUGUCACAUAGUAUCAUAUUGUGUUGUAACCUGAUUAAAAUGGUUCGAUUCCUGUACAUAUCAAAAGAAAAU